GAGGACACAAGUCGCGAAUCUGCGAUCCUGGCCAGUCCUGGCAAUUCAUCAUUCGCGCGAGCUUUGAAUAUCGGUGCGAUUCCGGCCAACAAUAAAAUAAUUGACUUUGGUGUUUAGUUUGUGAUUUCGAAUAAAUUAGACAAGACCGCAUAAAAUGAAGAGGAUUCUAAUUUUGUUUAUGACGCUAGGAUUUGUCUCGCUUGCUAUGAGCAGGCAUCACAGGGACAGUGGUUAUUUAAAUCACGUGCAACUGGUCCACGAAUUUCGAUGCUCUCUUCCUCAACCACGAGCUGUCCCAGUAGAAGAGCUUCUCACAGUGGGACCUAGUCCGGAUGAGCUUUUUUAUCCAGCAUCAACAGUUUUAGCUCGAUGUAGAGGAUCAGGAUGUUGCCCAGAGCCGAAUCAAGUUUGCGCUCCAGCUGAAACCAGGAAUGUCAGCCUUGUUUUUAUGGUGAAACAUGCCGUGGAUCGUCAGCGAGAUCGACACCACGAGGUCAUUCAUGCACUGGAACACACCAGGUGUGCCUGCAUCGACGAGAAACUCGUCAUUUCCGAGUAAAACCUUGUCGAAUUACAAUUAUAAGUGCACAAGGGCAGAUCGAUUCUCGAAAGCAGCUUUCAUCCAAAGUAGAGCGACGUGUCUCUUCCUCUAAUUAAAGAAGUAAACACCUCUCCCAUAAGAAGAUGUGAGAAAUCUCCCUUUCUAGAAUGUGGAUUCAAUUUUCUCCAGAGAAAACUAAUCAAUUCUGUAUUCAUCGAAUAUUUUCCUACCCAAACCACUUAUGAGUUCUGAAACAUUAGAAUCUUUCUACAUUUUUUCUAGAACUUAAGGAAUAUCUUGUAUAUAAUUGCUACUGAAACUCUAUAAUUAUACGUGAAGUUAUUGUCUAGUUUAAAAAUCAGUAUUGAAUGAGAAUACUUUUUUCUCGUACUGUUUUCCUCGAAACUUGUGUUGAGUUUUCUUAGAUAAUAAUUUACAUGUUUGUAAAUUUCCGUAAGCGGUAUUUACGCAAUUAAUUUCCUGUAUAAUCUCAUAUACGGGAAACUGAUGCUAAUUGAUAAGAAAAAAUGCACAAGCAGCUUGAGUCAUUCAGGAAUUAUAGAAAACUAUUUUGGAAUAUAUUCUGUUCCAGAAAAAUAAUCGAUUUUUGCAUUAGAUGUGUUUUUAGAAAAUGUAAUUUUCGUAUAAGAAACUAUAAAAUUCGACACUAAAAUCCAAUUAGUAUUAAACUUUUUAAGAAGCAGAUUCAACAUUCUUAAAUUAUAAGCUACUGUUUCAAAGUCUAAACACCAUAUAGUAGUGUGGCCUGUGAUAUUAUUUAACUCUUUUUUUU